AUGAAUGCCAGUGGCCCUGGCUAUCCCUUAGCCUCUCUCUACGUGGGAGACCUGCACCCAGAUGUGACAGAAGCCAUGCUGUAUGAGAAGUUCUCCCCUGCUGGGCCCAUCAUGUCCAUCCGGGUGUGCCGGGACGUGGCCACGCGCCGCUCACUGGGCUACGCCUACAUCAACUUCCAGCAGCCUGUGGAUGCUGAGCGAGCCCUGGACACCAUGAACUUCGAGGUGAUCAAAGGCCGACCCAUCCGCAUCAUGUGGUCCCAACGGGACCCCGGGCUCAGGAAAUCAGGGGUUGGAAACGUCUUCAUCAAGAACCUGGAUGACUCCAUUGAUAACAAAGCCUUGUAUGACACAUUCUCUACCUUUGGAAACAUCCUGUCAUGCAAGGUGGUUUGUGAUGAAAAUGGAUCCCGUGGCUAUGGCUUUGUCCACUUUGAGACGCAUGAGGCAGCAAUUCGGGCCAUUGAGACCAUGAAUGGGAUGUUGCUCAAUGACAGGAAGGUGUUUGUUGGACACUUCAAAUCCCGCAAAGAGCGCGAGGCAGAGGUUGGGGCUAGGGCAAUAGAAUUCACCAAUGUCUACAUCAAAAACUUUGGGGAUGACAUGGAUGAUGACAGACUGAGGGAAAUAUUCUCCAAGUUUGGAAAAACCUUGAGCGUCAAGGUCAUGAUGGACAGCACUGGCCGCUCAAAGGGCUUCGGGUUCGUCAACUUUGAGAAGCACGAGGAAGCCCAGAAGGCCGUGGCUGACAUGAACGGGAAGGAGCUCAAUGGGCGGGUGCUGUACGUGGGCCGCGCCCAGAAGCGGCUGGAGCGCCAGAGCGAGCUCAAGAGGAAAUUCGAGCAGAUGAAGCAAGAGAGGGUCAGCAGGUACCAGGGGGUCAACCUGUAUGUGAAGAACUUGGAUGAUGGGAUAGAUGACGAAAGGCUGAGGAAGGAGUUCUCGCCCUAUGGCACUAUCACCAGUGCCAAGGUGAUGACAGAGGGUGGCCGCAGCAAAGGCUUUGGGUUUGUAUGUUUUUCCUCUCCAGAGGAGGCCACCAAGGCGGUGACAGAGAUGAACGGGCGCAUUGUCAGCACCAAGCCUCUCUACGUGGCGCUGGCGCAGCGGAAGGAGGAGCGCAAAGCCAUCCUCACCAACCAGUACAUGCAGAGGCUGGCCACCAUGAGGGCCCUGCCUGGCCCUCUCCUGGGCUCUUUCCAGACCCCCCAGGGGUACUUCCUACCCCCCAUGCCUCAGCCACAAACCAGAGCUGCCUUCUAUGGCCCCAGCCCUGUAGUCCCAGUCCGCCCUGCCACUCGCUGGAGUGCACAGCCCUCCCGGCCUCCCUUGUACCCUGAAGCCACCCCCAUCCUGAGGGCUGCAGUGCCGCCCCGGCGCCUGCUGUCCAACAUCAGCACCACCAGACAGGCCUCCACCCAGGUGCCCCGAGUGCCCCCCCAGGCCCAGAGAGUGGCCAACAUCGGGACACAGACAGUGAGCACCCGGGUGCCCUCCUCAUCUGCCCUGCCAAGGGGAGCCCAGCAGUACAAGUACUCCUCCUCUGCCAGGAACAUGCAGCCCAUGGGGCACAUGCCACCCAUGCUGGCCCCACAGGUGGGAGAACCUGCUGUGCAUGUCCAGGGGCAGGAGCCACUGACAGCAUCCUUGCUUGCAGCAGCCCCUCCUCAGGAGCAGAAGCAAAUGAUAGGUGAGCGCCUCUACCCUCUGAUCCAUGUGAUGCAUCCCUCACUGGCUGGCAAGAUCACUGGGAUGCUGCUGGAGAUUGACAACUCUGAGCUGCUGCUGCUCCUGGAGUCCCCAGACUCCCUGCGCUCCAAGAUCGAGGAAGCCGUGACCGUUCUCCAGGCACACCAGAGCACCGAGGGUGCCCACAAGGGCCCUGCUGGGGCCUUCCUGCCCUGACUCCAGGCUAUGGGACUGAGAGCAGGCCCUGAGAAUGUUGCUGUUGAAGAAGAGGAGCAGGAACCCGACCAUGCUGUUGGAAUCAUGCCCAUACAGUGACCCUGGCUUGUCUUCAAAUUCCCCAUCCUAUUGCUUGUGUGUAUUGUAACCCCUGUAGAACUGCCUCCUCCUGCACCUGU